UCUUUAUUUCUUUUUCAGUUUUGUUGCUCCUAAAGCAGGUUUUUACAUUGUGAGUGCUGGAAUAAAAAUGGUUCAGGCAAGUGCAGUUGGUUCUACCUUUACUUUAAAUGUUGCUAUUAAUGGAAAUCCAUCUACUUUACAAUACCAAAAUGGAAUACAAGACUAUCUUCAAAAUGGUAAUGUUGCACCUACUACAAAUGAUUUUUACUCAUUGGUUGUAUCUGGUUUGGUAUUAGUUAAUGCAGGUGACAGCAUUGCACUUUAUAUUCAAUCUGUUGCUGAUCCAUCUUAUACAAUAAGUCAAGACAGCUUUAUGUCAAUCGUUUUUAUUAGCUCUACCAAUAAUUUAUAUUCAUCUGGAAUGCAGUUAAUGCUAGAUCCAACACUUGAUCAUUAG